GCCGCCGCCGCCGCGCGCUGGCUUGCCCCUCGUCGAAGGGCGACUAAACCAAUUUCGGAUAACUGAAGGGCCGGGUGGGUCUAUCAGGCUUUCAUCCGGUGACGCUGUAUCUGUCAGUGGACCCACAAAAGCGGGCAUUCUUGAAGAGGAUUUCCCUCGGCUCUUGCUUGUGUUCGAGGCUUCUUGCGGAUUGAAAUCGGUGUUUUGCAAGGCACCAAAAAAUGCCAGACAUUCAGUGGGAAUCUCACACUAUUAAAUCCCAUGGAUACAAGGUGUUAACGACCCAUAGGCAUGACUGGCUCAUUCUUUUGCUUCUUGUGGUGAUAGAAGCGGUCUUACUUAUCAUAGAGCCAUUUCACCGUUUUGUUGGAGAAGACAUGAUGACAGACAUGAAAUAUCCUCUGAAGGCCAAUACUGUGCCCUUUUGGGCUGUCCCAAUUCUCGCCAUAGCGCUUCCAUUCUUUAUCAUUCUUGUAAUCUACUUCGUCCGCAAAGACGUUUAUGAUUUCCAUCACGCAAUUUUGGGCCUUCUAUUUUCGGUAAUGUUGACUGCGGUGAUUACCGAUUCUAUAAAAGAUGCUGUUGGACGACCAAGACCAGACUUCUUCUGGCGGUGUUUCCCUGAUGGAAAAGGGGUUUUCGAUCCCAUAACAAAGGAUGUCAUCUGUCAUGGAGAUAAGGCUGUGAUAAAGGAAGGCUACAAGAGCUUCCCCAGUGGGCAUUCCUCUUGGUCCUUUGCAGGUCUCAGUUACCUUUCAUGGUAUCUAGCAGGGAAAAUUAAAGCAUUUGACCGUCGGGGCCACAUUGCAAAACUCUGCAUCAUACUUUUCCCUUUGCUUGUUGCGGCCCUUGUCGCUAUUUCUCGUGUUGAUGACUAUUGGCACCAUUGGCAGGAUGUAUUCUCCGGCGCUCUUAUAGGAUCAAUCAUUGCUGCAUUUUGUUACUUGCAGUUCUUCCCUUGUCCAAAUGAUAUCAAUGGUUGGGCGCCUCACAAAUUUUUUCAGAUGAUGGAAGAGAGAAAUAGGGCUCAAUCUUCAGCUCAAAGGGUUAACUCUUUUCAUCCGCAACAACCAGAAGUCGAAGCUUCAUUUAUGGGAAAAACUAAUGGCAUGGAAAGUACGGAAUCAAGCUCACGCGAGCAUGAUACUACCCCUGUUUUGGAUGCUAUGGAAGCUGGGAGGAAAUACUGAUGUAAGAUAAUUUGUCGAAAUAAUGUAUCUUCACAUUUUUGUAAGUGUAUGUCCUAGUGAAUUCUUUAACCUCUGUUGUAGAUAUCCUUCUUGAAACACUCUGAGGUUGAGGCUUUUUAUCAUAACCAUGAUGUCACAUUUCACCUUGAACAUAUAUGUACGUUUAUCUAAUGUCUA